CGCCUGCCUACACACUCCAAUUCAAAGCACCCAAAUCCCCCAAUCCACCUUCUAAAGCUAAGCGCCACCAGCUGAGAGCAAAGCAGAAGAGAAGAAGGAGAAGGAAUUAAGAAGGCAACAAUGGGCGGGUGCUUCUCUUCUUCGUCGUCCGGUGGCGGCGGCGCCGGGGGAGUGUACUACUACGAGGAGUCUGGAGCCACACCAGCUGCGGCCGGGACGACGUACGGGCGGCGGGUGCGGCCGAGCGACGAGGACGGGCUGUACUACGUCGGGGAGCGGGACGUGGACAACAAGGCCGGGAUCUACAUCGCCAAGUUCCACCGCUACCAGUCCGAGAUCGUGCCGCAGACCCCCGCCGCCUCCAUCCCCUCCUCCUCCUGAGGAACCUCCUCAACAUGAAGAUGCAUGCGCUUGAGUUGAGUUGGUUAUUACGGUUUAAUUGGUCCAUCGUUCGAUUGGUGCGUGUGUGUGUGCUUUGCGUUCUUUCGCCCCCUUCUGUUUACGCUGCCUGCGCGCGGCAGAACCUGAAGGUGAGCUCCUGAUGAUCAAUAAGUUACUUAAGAGUUAUUGAGUUAAGAUGAGGGACGAGUGUCGUUAGGAGUCAGUAUUUAGCUAGCUAGCUCUAGCUAGUAGUGUAUGCAUGCAGUAUAUAUGUGUGUUAUAUAUGUAUGUAUAUAUAUGUACAUUUUUUUUCAAGAUCAAGAUAUAUGUCAUGGACUUUAUAUGUA